UUAAAAAAAUGGUAAAUAAAAAUAAAAAUAAAAUAAUGGAAGUUAUGUCACUUAUGUGACACAUGGAAGAUACGAGUAUAAGACAGUACGGAUUACUUCCAUUUGCUUUCUCAUUCUCUCUCUCUCUUUUCUUCUAGGGUUUGUUCAUCGCGUCUAGAAUCUUCUUUUCCCCCAAUUAACGUCAGAUUCUUGUUUGAUUUCUUCAACUACUUCUUAAAUCCCGAGGUUUCUUCAUUUCAAUUCCUUUGUCUGUUGGUUUUCUAACUUCAUCCGCGAAAAACAAUGUUUUUGGUCGAUUGGUUUUACGGUGUUCUUGCUUCACUUGGAUUAUGGCAGAAAGAAGCAAAGAUCUUGUUCUUAGGUCUCGAUAAUGCCGGAAAAACCACCUUGCUUCAUAUGUUGAAAGAUGAGAGAUUGGUUCAACAUCAGCCAACUCAGUAUCCAACAUCUGAAGAACUGAGUAUUGGUAAAAUCAAGUUCAAGGCCUUUGAUUUGGGAGGGCAUCAGAUCGCUCGCCGGGUUUGGAAAGAUUACUAUGCUAAAGUGGAUGCUGUGGUGUAUUUGGUGGAUGCUUUUGACAAGGAGAGGUUUGCUGAGUCAAAGAAGGAGCUGGAUGCUCUACUAUCUGACGAAGCGUUGGCCAAUGUUCCUUUCCUGAUUUUAGGGAACAAAAUCGACAUACCUUAUGCAGCUUCUGAAGAUGAGUUGCGCUAUCAUCUGGGUCUGGCCAACUUUACCACUGGUAAGGGGAAAGUUAAUCUGGCAGACUCCAAUGUCAGGCCUAUGGAGGUAUUCAUGUGCAGCAUUGUCAGGAAAAUGGGCUACGGGGAGGGCUUCAAGUGGCUCUCGCAAUACAUCUAGUGGCCUUAUAGAGUAGAUUUUUCCCUAGCUUUUCCCUGAUUUACAUAGUUACAUGUUUAGAUGCUAUUCUCUCAGCUGAAUUUGAGUUGUAUGUGUUGUCUAGUUUAGAUGAAUGUAUACAUAGUCUGCUUGCUUGCUUGGCAUUAUGACAACAUAUGCCAAUUUCUUGUGUAUUGAUGUGCAUAACCAGUGUUGUGAUUGUGCAGACAGCUUUAUUAUAGAUACAUUUGCCGUUGAAAUAAUUUUUAUGCCAAUUAUAGGCACCUAUCUAUAAUGGUGUGAAACAAUUACUCCUACA